AUGGCCGAAGCCGCAAGUCUAUACCCUCCCCUCCAGGACCGCCCGGUGAAGAACACCGUUUGCCUAUUCGAUGUGGACGGUACACUCACCCCAGCCCGCCUUGCGGCUUCUCCACAGAUGCUCACACUCCUUUCCGCCCUCCGUCAUAAAGUUGCAAUCGGCUUCGUCGGCGGCUCCGACCUCGCAAAGCAGCAAGAGCAGCUUGGCACCCCCAACAUCAACGUCACCUCCCUCUUUGAUUUCUGCUUUUCGGAGAAUGGCCUGACUGCCUACCGAAUGGGAGAGCUGCUGGAAGGGAACAGUUUCAUCAAAUGGUUGGGAGAAGAGAAGUACAAGAAGCUGGUCAACUGGUGCCUGAUAUACAUUGCCAAGCUUGACAUUCCGAUCAAGAGAGGCACUUUUGUCGAGUUUAGGAACGGAAUGAUCAAUGUCUCGCCCGUUGGCCGGAAUGCUUCAAACAAGGAGCGCCUGGAGUUCAACGAGUAUGACAAGCAACACAAUAUCCGCUCCACGAUGGUCGAGGCCGUGAGAAAAGAAUUUCCAGACUUUGGGCUCACGUUCUCGAUUGGCGGCCAGAUCUCGUUCGAUGUCUUCCCCACAGGUUGGGACAAGACAUAUUGCUUGCAAUAUCUUGAGUCAGAGAAGAAACUCAGCGGCGUCGAUUACUCGACCAUUCACUUCUUUGGUGACAAGACAGCUAAGGGUGGUAAUGACUAUGAAAUAUACAGCGACUCGCGGACCACUGGGCACGCAGUCAAUAAUCCGGAUGACACGAUGAAGGAGCUCAAAGAGAUUUUCCAAUUGUGA